CUGUGUGGUCAGGUGACACCCGACAUCCCAUAAUAGCACGCAGCGCUGCUGGUCUUCUGCCUUUGACUCGCAGCUAGAGGGCGCCAUGUCCGAGAGCACGAGAGAGAGAACACGACUCAGUUGCAGCCGCUUCUUUCUCACACCACAGCGAUGAGUGAUAGUCAUCUGCCGAAACAUUAGGACCACUGACAUGGCGCUCAGGAGGAGUCCUCGCCUGGUGGCCAACGGCUACUAUGACCUCAGCGGCCUGAGGACAGUCUUUUAUAAGGAGAGAUUGUUCAGAGUGUUUAAGAGUCGUAAGCGGAGACGCCAGCGUCCCCUUCAAAAGGACAUCAACAACAAUAACGAGGACAUGGGGGAGUCGGACUGGGACGACUGGAUGGACGACUCGGACCUGGACCAGCAAGUCAGGGCGAGCUGGGAGCUUCGCUCGCUCUUCCUGCUGUCGCUGGCACUUCUGGUCAUUCUCUUCGGUCUGCUUUUCACUCCUGCCUCCAAGUUCCGGAACCUUUCAGACGACUCAGCCUUCCUGAGUCUCCCGUCGGCACCGAGUGCCAUCUUUCACGACUCUCAGAAGAUGCUGGAGCAACUCCUGCUGAUGCAGCGGAGGAUGAGCGAGAUGGAGCGCGAGCUGCAGAUGCUGAAGCAACACGUAGACCUGGUCCAUCAGCCCACGGACCUGCUGGAGAACUACGCCCUGGAGAGCCUGGGCGCCGACAUCGUCCUGUGCAGAUCCUCCAGCACCUACCUGGGCCCUCCGACCCACUGGUACCUCCUCUUUUUCCCCAAGUACCGCCCAGCCAGGAGCCCCAGAACUGUCCUCCAGGGGAAGGCAGAGCUGGUCCCAGGGCAGUGCUGGCCCUUCGUGGGCUCGGCGGGUCGGCUGCUCAUCUCCCUGCCGUACCCGGUCCACGUGCACCACGUUGCCCUGGGCCACAUCACCAAGCAGGAGUCAGUCAACCACACCAUCCUCAGUGCCCCCAAGGAGUUCUCUGUCAACGGCUUCAUGAACCUGAACGAAAUCGGGACACACCUGGGAACGUUCACGUACCAUGACGAGGGCAAGUCAGUCCAGGUGUUCAGGAUCCCGGACCACCAGGACAAGGUCUUCAAGUUCGUGGAGCUCAAGAUUCACAGUAACUGGGGCCACCCUGACUACACCUGUCUGUAUUCGGUCCGGGUCCACGGCAGGCUGGAGGUCCCGGGUCUGCACUCGCCCGAGUGAGGAGUUAUGGUUCCCAUGGAACAUCCCCCGCUGGCCGCAACAGGAAGUGCACACGCGAGACCGGGCGGCGCUGACGACCAGAGUCAGGUGCCCGUGGUCCUGCUCACAGUAGCAGCAGUGGAGAAGCAGAGCCGUCAGCUGCGACUUGCAGGGCGUCUCCAGGGAGGAGGAGGAGGAGGAGGAGCCUGUGGUCGCGGCUGGAGUCGGUCACCAGUCGUUUCCGUUGACGCUCUCCGUGAGCCGCUUCACCGGAGAGGCUUCACCUGGCGCUGAUCCACCUCCAGCCCGGCAGGUGGCGCACCUGAGACGCUCGCAGCUGACGCGCGUGGCACACGGAAGAAGAAAGCCCGUGGAGGACGGGACGUCCGAAGGCGCAGUCUCACUCUCCGUCGAGCUCCGGCUGCUCACCGCGGAGUCGGAGCUAAGCGGCUAACCGCAGGGUGCGUGACGUCACCCGGCGCGUCUGCUUCACUCACGUGAGUCCAACACGGUGACCCAGGUUUGUCGACCCGUUUGCUUCGUGUUCAGGAGACGCUCGCGUGUGACGUGUUCCCG